AUGCGAUAUUUUAAAAGAAUUGAAAUUAAAAAAAACUAUAAUAUUGAUCUUAGUGGGCAUGAUAAAAGUGGCAUUAAACGAAAAAUUUCAGCUAUCAAACGAAGCAAUAGCGCUAAUACCUCAACAAAAAAACGCUCUAUACAGGCUUCCAAAAAUAAAAAACCACAAAGACCAACUGAGCAUAGUUCAGAUAAAAAUAAUCUUUCUUUAGAUAUGAAAGGUAAUGAAGAAACAUUAAUGACACCAAUGGAAAAAUUGGAAUAUGAGGAACGUAUGCUUUUAAUUGAAGAAAGAAAGGAAAAAUUAAGGGAAUUGCGAAUCACCAAUACAAUCAAAGAGCGUGAACUUGAACAAGAAUAA